AUGGCACAUCUCAACCAACUUCAGGAUACUAUACGCUUCAACCCCGAGCAGUCACUCAGUGCAUCGGCUAAACAGACUCUCAUCUUCUUCCUCCCCGGUAACCCAGGCUUCGUCGAAUACUACCGCAACUUCCUCCAGCAAAUCCACGGCAACCUUCAUCCUGCUGGGGUCACAGUCUUCGGCGCUUCUUACAUCGGCUUUGAGAUGCAUGCUCCAGCGAAUGGAAUGGCCCACAACCCGCCAUAUAGCUUGCAGGAAGUCAUAGACGGAGUAACAUACAAGCUCCUCGCAGAAGUCAGUCGCGUCAAACACGAAUCUCGGAUCACCGAGCCUGUGCGGGUUGUGCUCAUGGGCCAUUCUGUUGGGUCUUACAUGCUCCUUGAAGUCAUGACAUGGUGGCGGGACCAUAUCAACAAGAAUCCACAGGAUCAACACCUCCUUCAAAUCAUCGGCGGAGUCUGCCUCUUCCCCACAAUCGUCGAUAUAGCGAAAUCGCCACGAGGAAAGGUCAUGAGCAACCUCCUCGCUCUCCCCUUCCUCCCCGUCUUAGCUCAACUAGCCGCGUGUCUCCUAAGCCUCAUCCCGCUCGCCCUCUGGAACUGGGCCAAGACCUUGACACCAGGCGACAGCCCCUCGCAAACUUACGUGACCGUCACCGAAGCCGUCAUCAAGACUGCUCGUGGGAUGCCAGCCCGGCAAGCAGCCUUCAUGGCCCAUGACGAGAUGCUUUCCAUCAAGCACGAUAAAUGGCAUCCAACGCAAAUCUGGGGCAGCAGAAGUGAAGGGGAGACGGAGGAAGAUUUGAAACCUGCGAGGUUGUUCUUCUACUGGGGCGAGAAUGACUACUGGGUUGAUAGUGAGAUUAGGGAUAGGGUGAUUGGAGCUAGGGCGAACAGUGGUGUGGAAAUGAGGAUCGAUAGACAUGGCAUGGACCAUUGUUUCUCGUUGAAUGAGGAGCAUGGGAGAUUAGUGGCGGGAGAAGUCGCCGCCUGGGUCGAUAGUAUACUGUAG